AUGGGUUUGAUUGAUAGGAUCAAGAACAGUUACGAUUAUCACAAAGUUGACAAAUAUACCAAAAGACGGGUAUCCCAAUCACAGUUUGGAAGCUAUGACCGUCGUUACUAUGAGCAAGUUUACAGAAAUGGGGAUUAUCUGCGUCCCGAGGAGAUACAUUCUACAAAUUCGUCAUCUCGAUCGAGCUCUUCCAACCAUUUGUCCUAUAAACAAUCUCGAUGGUCCAUUCCAGACUUCUUGAAGAAAUCGCACAGAAAGUCACUUACUGUCGCUGCUGCUCAAUUGAAAACCUCUGAAACUUAUACCUUAGAUCGUGUUUAA